AUGUCAAAUCAGGAUGAGAAUUCUGUCGUUUCGGCACUUACGGGCUUCUCGCUGGACCACGUUCUAACAAGCUUACAACUUCCGUCCGGCCAGAACCUUUCAAACCAGCUUGGUAUAUCUGGGAUCCCGUCACUCAAUUCAAAGCAGAUAUAUAACGACAAAUGGGAUGACGAGGCUAUUGGAGCGGAAGCUGGAGAGGAUUGGGAAGAUGAAGUCAACAGGGAGAUCGCGAACGAAGCAGACGAUGAGGGUGACAUCGCCGUCAAGACGGAAGCUCAAUCUCCCGAAGCAUUUCGGAUGCGGGAGAAGAGAACACGGACUGUAAAGCGGCUCGUAGAAAGACCAAAGACAGUAUACGAGCGAUUUCCUGCUUUCGAACAAGGCAAGAUUCUGGACUUCACUGAACUCUUCAAGGGUCAACUUGUCAAGAAGCCACGCGCAAUUAGGAAACUUCCUGGAGUUGUGACUGUUGAGCCGCUGAGAAAGCCGGACGCAAUGAAAAACGUGAAGGAGAUUGUGGGUGCUGCAAAACGGCAGGUUGAAAACAAACUCGUUGAGGAGGAGGUGGCUGCCGGGAACGUCGAGUUUGAUCUUGUUAAGGCGCUGGAGGAUCUUUCCCGUUCGGAUACACCUACUACACUUUCGUUGCAUGAUCGCUCGUUUGACCUCGUCUUGCUAUCAAACUGGGAGGAUCAGAUUAUCUAUGAACCCGACUACAACCAGGAGAAGCAACCAUCUCAGCCAAAAGAAAUGGUAACGGCACCCGUGAAUCAUGCUUUGGAAGAAGGUUCCUGGACACAGAGCAUCAUCUGGGAUGCUAAGACUCCAUUCAGAGACUUCACACACCUCGAAGUAAAUGUUGAUGAAGAAAAUGCGGAAGAGAAGUUUGCAGAAGUACGACCUCGAAAGAGGAACCGACUCGAUAGUGGACAUCAACGCGACAAAUUUAAUCUUUCGAAUGACCAGUAUUACGAAGUCUCUAAGGAUGGCGGACGACACCGUGUUCGGCAGACCUUUGGACAAUUGGUUGUUCAACACGCAUAUCCAGCCCAGAAGCUGCAGCUUCCCUUCUAUAAAACUCGCCUUUCAAAGCAAGAGGCUCGAUCGUUCCAUCGUCCCGCGUUGCAGUUCCCAACGAAUAUUGAACUGCGUUUCAAUAAAGUUCGAACAGCAAAGAAGAAGAAAGAUAAAGCAGGACGUAGAAUUGGUAAAGGAGGUGACGUUGCGGAGGGGUUACGAAGGACGAGCGAUUUAUCUCUUAAAGACUCGAGUAAUUUUGUUCUCUGGGAGUUCUCGGAGGAACAUCCGCCGAUUAUCUCAGAUUUUGGAAUGGGAAGCGUACUUGUGAACUACUACCGCAAGAAGGAUGACAAAGACGAGUAUAUACCGAAGGCUGAUCUUGGUGAACCAUUCGUGCUAGAGCCCGGCGACGAGUCUCCAUUCAUGAAGUUCGGCUCCGUCUACCCAGGCCAGACGGUCCAGGCAUUAUACAAUAAUCUGCUUCGCGCGCCCCUCUUCCGACAAAAGGCGUAUCCUACGGACUUCUUGGUUGUCCGGAAUACGACGAGAGGUGAAGCAACGUACCAAAUUCGAGAAAUUAAGUCGUUGUUCGUUGUCGGCCAAACUUAUCCCGUAACGGAGGUCCCUGGACCGCAUUCACGAAAGAUUACCACUACGAUCAAGAAUCGGCUGCAGGUUAUCGCGUUCAAACUCCUGAAGAAAAGCCAGGGUGAACGAUUAAAGAUCUCGCGGUUAAUGAAGUAUUUCCCAGACCAGAAUGAGUUGCAAAUGCGGCAACGGCUUAAAGAAUUCAUGGAGUACCAUCGUAGAGGACCGCACCAAGGAUUUUGGAGACUAAAGGAGACGGUAACAAUACCGUCGGACGGUGACAUGUUGAAGAUGGUAUCUCCCGAACAAGUCGUUCUGGCUGAAAGCAUGCAAGUUGGGAUGAGGCAUCUCCAGGAUGCUGGCUACGGGGGAGCUGCAGAAACGGCAAAGGAUGACGACGAAUCCAAUCUGUCCAUUGAACAGCAGCUUGCGCCAUGGAUUACAACAAAAAACUUCUUGCAAGCGACCCAGGCAAAGGCCAUGUUACGACUUCACGGUGAAGGGGAUCCAACAGGACGGGGCGAGGCAUUCAGCUUCAUUCGUGUCUCGAUGAAAGACAUUUUCGUGCGAGCGGGUGAAGAUUACGAGCAGAAAAUGGCUGAGGCGGAUAACCGACCGAAAUCAGCACAUCGUUACAACGUUGCCGAACAGCAAAAUGUUUACAAGUCAGAAAUCGAGCGUAUAUGGAAGGCCCAGUAUAAAUCCUUAAGUCGUAAGGAUGAACCGCAGCUGACGGCAGAAGACGAGGAUCGAGCAAAUGCUCAGAAGCAACAGCUCCAGCGCAGUAAGCCCAAACUUGAAGACUUGGAGCACCCUCCUAACGCUGCGUCUCUGACUGGCCCGUCUCGAAAUUCAAUUCUUUCAGGUUCGCCUUCUCCAAGCCGUGCAUCAUCUCUCGACCGCGACGUCAGCCUUGGACCAGAGUCCAGCCAACGAGUUCUCAGGAUUAAGCGUUUCGUAGAUGGCGAAUGGGAAAUGGAGAUUGUGCGGGAUCCAGCCGUCAUCCGAGCAUAUGUGCGGAGACGACGGAUUAUUGAAGAAGAAUCUGCCACUGCAGAUCAACUAGCACCUACAGGCGAUGAAGAGAAGGACAAACGAGCGAGGAAGCGGCUGGAAGAAGAAAUAGCACGCAUGAAGAAGAAUCAGGAACGACGAUUACAUCGUAAGAACGCGAAGAUUACGAAGGAAGGAGGCACGCCAUUGCAGCUGAAUAGACCAAUGAAGCCCGAUACUACCAGGCGAUGCGGUCAUUGCGGACAGAUGGGACAUAUGAAAACAAACAGGAAGUGUCCCCGUUGGGCAGAGUUCAACUCCGGUGCCCCUCCCAUAAAUAUGCCAGCGUCCGCAACGAGUUCAUCAGGCUCUGUCCCCGGUGGUUCAGCCAUGUCUCCUCCUAGCUUGCAUGGUUUCCCUGCAGCCCCAGCCGCAGCUUCCCCUCUGUCGCUCCCUUCUUCGUCGUUCGCCAGGCCUGUUGGCACGUUUGCGCCUUCUCCCUUAGCGACUAGCCCGCCAGUUAUUGGCAUGGAUGCAGAUGAUGACAUGAUGCAGCAGCAGCAGGCAUCGAGUUCAACAAAAGUAAAACUGAAGAUAUCUAAGACCUAGUUCUUUCCAUACCACGUGUGCUGUCAACUGUUCGUGUAGCCCUAGUUUGUAUUUGUUGUAACCUCAGAAAUUCAGAAUGUUAUCGAG